AAUCAAACUUAGGCUUAGCUGCUCCAAAAACGGGUAAGAAAGCGAGAAAACUAGAAGGAAAGAAAAGAAAGAGCUCCAGAAGCUCUCAUCUUCGAUGGCAUCGGCAGCCACGGCCCGAGCUGUCAUCUUCUCCCGCAUCACUGCCCUUUCAGUCAAACCUCUAUCACCUUCUCUCUCUCGCUUCCUCCCUAGCCCUCGCAACCGUCCUCCUUCAGCCUUGACCGUGAGCUGCUGCUUAAAGGACGGCGGAGCCUACGACGACUACUCCGUUUCGACGCAGAAAUCGAAUUUAGAUCGUGGAUUCAUAGUAAUAUCUAACAUGUUAAAGCACAUCGAACCACUCGACACUUCCGUUAUUUCCAAAGGGGUUUCUGAUUCCGCCAAGGAAGCUAUGAAGCGAACUAUCUCCACUAUGCUCGGAAUUCUCCCUUCUGAUCAGUUCUCCGUUUUGGUUUCCCUCUCGAAACCUCCUCUUCAUCGUCUCCUCUUCUCAUCCAUCAUCACAGGGUAUACCUUGUGGAACGCGGAGUAUAGGGUUUCAUUGAUGAGAAAUCUGGAAAGAGCGGCACCGGCGGAGGACCUAGUGAAGGAGACGGAGGAGGGCGUUAGUCACCGGCACAGAGAGGUGGUGAGGAAUAAUAUUGGGGAGGGAGAGGGUGGAAAUGGUGAAUAUGAAGAACUGGAGAAGAUAAGUCCGAGGGUUUUUGAGGAUUUGUCGCCGGAGGCUUUGAAGUAUAUUGAGAAGCUGCAAGCUGAGUUAUCUGAUAUGGAGGAGGAACUGAGUGCUCAAAAGAAGGAAAAUGUGCGAAUGGAGUGUGGCAGGGAAAACAUGAAUGGUUUGUUAGAGUAUUUACGAUCCUUGGAUGCUGACAUGGUGACAGAAUUAUCCCAACCAUCAUCGGUACAAGUGGAGGAAAUGAUCCAUCAGCUUGUUCAGAAUAUAUUGCAAAGGUUCUUCAAGGAUGCCUGUAUGAGAGAUUCAGGGAUAGUAAACACGGGAAAUCUUCAAGAUGCUGCUGAUGAAACUUGUGGCACUUCACGUGAUUACCUUGCAAAGCUGCUUUUCUGGUGUAUGCUAUUAGGUCAUCAUUUGAGAGGCUUGGAAAACAGAUUGCAUCUAAGUUGUGUUGUUGGAUUACUGUAAAGUAAGUUACGUAUGACAUAUGUGUAUUCUUUUCGUUUUUGGUCCUUUUUGUUACAGUUUUGGUUAAUCCGAUAAUUUACAUUGAAGGUGCUAAUGUUUAUCGCAUCAACAUUUUCUUCCA